AUGGCCGAGUCUCGGGACGAAUUCCCCCUUCACACUGCGGCCCGGGAGGGCAGAGAGCCCAGGCUCGCGGUCCGAGAGGACGACGAUGGCAGGCUUCCCAUACACUGGGCCGCGUCCUCCAACUGCACAGACAUUGCCAUUCUUCUUGCACAGACCCGUAGCUUCGACCCCGAUGUUCAAGACAGCAGCGGCUGGACACCGCUGAUGAUAUCUGCAAGCCUCAAGGACGGCGAAGCUCUUGUCGAUUUGCUUCUCCAGAAAGGCGCCGAUAGCGUUCUGCACUUUGUGGCAUCUAAAAACAACCUAGAUGUAGCAAAGAAGCUUCUCAGUCACGACCCGCCCGCCUCCACUAAGGUCCGCGACAAACGCAGCCAGUACGCUAUCCAUAGGGCUGCUGCCAUAGGCUCAGUUCCGAUGGUGUCGCUUCUGAUCAGGAACGGGAGUCCUCUUAAUGCCACGGACGCCUCUGGCUACACUGCCCUGCACCAUGCUGUUGCCGAGGGCCACGGUGACACAGCAGUAGCUUUGCUUACAGCUGGUGCUGUGGUAAACAGAAAGGACAAUGACGGAUACCUGCCUUUGGACUUGGCCCCGGACAAGGAGGUCCGCCGCUUUAUCGAGCGCGCUGCUGAGGAGGAAGGCAUAGAAUUAUAA